AUGAAGUCUCUCACUUCCCUUUUGAUGAUGACUACCUCUACCAUCGCGGCAACCGUCGCCAGUUCUUCCUCCGAGCACUUCCACCUCAAGUCCAGCGGCGCCACCAACCAAAAGCACAACAACCUCUAUGUCUAUGCAUACCAUACGGGCUCAGGCCUCAGUGAUGCCGCGCUGACCAACGAUGUGAACACUGCUAGCUCUGUUUACCUGAACGGCACAAAUGCCCUCUUCGACUUCAACACUAAAUUCCAUUGGGGAUUCGUGGUCACCAGCAACACCAAAUACGCCUACUGGGAUCCGAUCUUGAUAAACGCAGGCCAAAGUAGUACUGGAUUCUCAGUCAAAGGCAACAACUUCCUGUGGUCAGAAGCCAGCGGCUUCGGUGGAUGGCUCGUCUGCGACUGGAACCACAAUGCGCCCCAGCUGUUCUACUUGAACCGCUCCUAUGACGCCACUAUCCCCUCCAGCUGCAGCAAGGUCCAACUGAAGGCCGAUAACAUCAAAUAUCUACGGUAG